GAAAUGGAUCAGAUAAAAUAAUCCAGCACAAAAACUCAUCUAGUAUUCCGAUCAAAGACUUUAACCCUUGAUGUGAAGGGGCUGAAGUCCGACGCUGAUAGUGCCCCACUGGAUUCUGGGAUAUGAGCUGGUAGUUCUCUUUUAGAGCCAGACAUUCGGAUUUUGUUUCGAUGUGAACGUCAUUUUUAUUUUUAUCCUGUGCGACAGAGAUCCUAAACCAUCAUGCUGGUGUUGUGGGUUUGUCUGGUUCUGUUGGAACAUGUUCGAACCGAACCAUCUGUGGAAAACAUCCACAUGCUCGAUCCGGAGGAACACAAAUUCAUACUGAAUCUUGGACAUAAAGAGAUUCCCACAGAUUGCUACGAGCUGUGGCAGGAGUCCGGCGGGCACGCGCGGGAUGGUUUGUAUCUUAUCAAACCCGCAGACGCGCCCAUCGCCGUCUACUGCGCCAUGCACGAGGGAGGCUGGACGGUCGUGCAGCACAUCACGGUCAACAGCAGCGUGGACUUCGACCGCACCUGGGACGAAUACAAGCGUGGCUUCGGAUUCCUCACGGGCAACCACUGGCUGGGUAACGGCUACCUGCACCAGCUCACCGGCGGCCCGGCGAGAUACAAACUCGGCAUCAAGCUGGUCGAUAAAGACGGCAUCACCAAGACGGGCGAGUACGACCCGGUGCUGGUGGAGAACGAGGAUGCUCAGUAUCGUCUGCGUCUGGGUCUCUUUCGAGGCACGGCGGUGGAUGCUCUCACUGUGGAUACGGAGAACUAUCUCCAUGACAACCAGAGGUUCACCACCAAAGACAGAGAUAACGACAACUACUUCCAGAACUGUGCCAAGCUGGAGUUCCAGGGCGUUCCGGGCGGCGGGUGGUGGUACGACGCAUGCGCCGGUGCCAAUCUGAAUCGCAGGAACGUCAUCUACUGGCAGAAGGACUGUAAUAAAGAACAUCUGUGUAAAUACGCCUGGAUGAUGGUGAAACCCUCGGAUCAUGUGAAGCUGGUUUAUGGCGGAGACUGCAAGAAAGAUGAAUUGUGAUCUCAAUAGCUUAAAUGGUUAGUUCCCAACCGCCCCCCAAAAAAAACAUUUUUUUUUACUCUGAAAGAUAUUUUGGGAAAUGUCUCAAUGGUUUUGUGUUCAUAUAAUGGAAGUCAAUGGGGUCCGAUGUUGUUUGGUUAUCACAUUCUUCAAACUAUCUUCUUUUGUCUUCUGAAGAAGAAAGAAAUAACAUGAGGGUGAAUAAUUGUUGAAAGAACAUACAUUUUUUGUGAACUGUCCCUUUAAUUUCAAAACGUUCGUGAAAUGUUAACAUAGGGAUGAAUUAAACACAUUAUUAUGAUCAAUUA